AUGAGUGAUAAUCAAGAUUCCUCAUCCUCUUUUGAAACUAAAACGCUCAAUGAAGCUCUUGUUAAUAAGGAUGCAGAUAUGGAUGAACAAGUACCUUCUAGAAUGACUGCAUCAUACAGUGAGAUAUCUUUUCAUUCUGAUGGUGGUCAGACUAGUCAGGAAGAAUUAAAGGAACCUGGCCCAUCCAGACCUUAUGAUUUUCCAACAGGUAACAGGAAGCAAGAAAAGCUUCCUUUGGAUAGUGAUGGACUAGUCAGUUAUGAAGGAGAUAUGACCCACUAUGUUGCAGAUGAUUUAGAAUUAAGAAUAAAAUUAUCAAGUCCAAUCACAAAGAAAGGAGAAACUCCUAUAUUUGGUAGUUCCAGUGCAUCAAGGUCUAGUACUCCAUCUGGGAAGCUCUAUAGACAAAUAUUAGCUCCUCAGAUAGGCCAAAUAGACAUAACAGUAUUAAAUGAUCUCGAAUAUGAAGCUCAAAAGAUAGCACAAUCAGUUGAUAAUUUAAUUGAGAACUUAUCCAGCAUUCUGCAUUCUAAUUCAUCAUUAACAGCAGAAAAUAUGGAAGUCUAUAGAGAUGCUGUUGGUAAAACAUGUGAUGCUAUGGACAAUAAUAUAAAAAGCAUGUAUACAAUACUCGCUAAGGGUGAAGAGGUAUCCCAAGCUAUGGUUCCGGUACAAGCUCAAGCUGCGAGAAUAGCAGAAAUAAAAAGACUGUUACAUUUAUUUGAAAGUUAUUUUUAA